UCAUUUUCCAAUUCCAUUCAAAAUUCAUUUCAACUCGGGCGAUCGACAAUCACGUCGCCAUCUUUCUUUUUCAUACAACUCUUGUCGGCGAAAAGAUAGAGAAUGGGUUCUGUAAAACAGAGUAAAAAAACUAGAAGUGGACGGACGUCUACCUCAGAAAGCGAAUCAGGACAGGAAGAUGGAAUUGUUCGAAGUGAAGACAUAAUUCACUAUCUCUCGAGAAGCGUGCACACUGAAACUCUGGCUGCGUUACCGCCCGCUGUCCGUCGGCGUAUCAAGGCGUUACGCUUGCUGCAAAAAGAAUUUAUGGAUAUUGAAGCCAAGUUCUACUCUGAAGUUCACGAGCUUGAGUGCAAGUAUGCCAAGAUGUACCAGCCUUUAUUUGAUAAGAGGGCACAAGUUGUGGUGGGAGUUCAUGAACCCACUGAUGAGGAGUGCAACACCCCCUGGCAUGAUGAUACUAAAGAAGAGGAAUUGGCUAAAGCUGUGCAGAAUGCAGCCAUUGAGGACAAGGAUAAGAAUGAAGAGAACAAAAAUGCUGAGCCUCCAAUGGACCCCAACGUCAAAGGCAUCCCUGAUUUCUGGUUGACAAUUUUCAAAAAUGUCUCAAAGUUGAGUGAAAUGGUGCAAGAUCAAGAUGAACCAAUCCUCAAGUCAUUGCAAGAUAUAAAGGUUCAAAUGAAUGAUGACCCACUUGGCUUUACAUUAGAGUUCCACUUUGCCCCCAAUGACUUCUUUGAGAAUGCGGUGUUGACUAAACAAUACUCCAUGAAGUUCAAACCAGAUGAUGAGAGCCCGUUGGAGUUUGAAGGCCCUGAAAUUUACGCUUGCAAGGGCUGUGAUAUUGUAUGGAAAAAAGGCAAGAAUGUAACGGUGAAGACCAUAAAGAAGAAACAGAAGCACAAGUCCCGUGGCUCAGUCAGAACGGUCACCAAGUUGGUCCAGGCUGACUCAUUCUUUAACUUCUUCUGUCCACCAGCUGUGCCCGAUGACCUUAACUCCACUAUUGCCUCUGACACACAGAUGCUACUAGCGCUCGACUUUGAGGUGGGCCAUUACAUCCGCGAGCGAGUUGUUUCACGCGCAGUACUCCUCUAUACCGGAGAAGGACUCGACGAAGAUGACGAGGACUACGAGGAAGAGGAGGAAGAAGAAGAUGAUGACGAGAGUUCGUCUGAGGAAAGUGACGAAGAACAUCCAACUCAACGCCGUCGCAAUAAGAAGAAUAAGCCCAUUGCCGCUGAAAAUCCCGCCGAGUGUAAACAGCAGUAGUAUUAAAAUAUAUGUUCUCGGUUUAAUCUAAAACGCUAAGCCACGCUUAGACAAUAUUUAAUAUCUGUUUGCUUCGAGAACAAUGAAAAUGUCUACGUUUGAAUUUUUCAGUCUCGUGUAAGACAAUUUGAGCCAACAAUUUCAACUUUAUAACUAAGGUUUAGUUAGGAAAUUAUUCCCUAUUCAAAUUUUUGUUUACGACGUAGGUCUGUUCUAAAACCCAAAGAUAACUUAGCGGCUAUCGUCGGUACAUGCAGCAUUCUGUGUGUGCAAUGUAAAUAUUGGUAAUUAAUUCACUAGAUCUGUCGCAACUUUAAAAUUGUAGGUACUAUAUGUACAAAUAUGAUGCAUACGAUUUAUAACAAUUAUUAUUAUCAUUUCUUAAUUCUAUUACCACUGCCCGAUUGUAGUCCCCAAACGUGAGUUGUAUGAGAGCAUAGUGUUAAGAGUAUGCAUGACUAAAAAUCAUUUAUUUUAAAGGUUUUAUGUACUGCGCGUCACUUGCUCCAACAUUCCUAUGCAUAUUGUAUAUAUUAUAUUAGCAGUAUCAUCAGUAUAUCCGCCUCUCAUUGAAUGCUGUUCUAUAAAUUCAAGGUGCUUUGCAAUUAUCCUGCCCAUUGAGUUAGCACCAACCAAUGUAGCCAUUAUUAUUUUUACACAAAUAUUGAAGAUGAUUGGGGUUGAAAUGUGAUAACGUGCUGUGUUUUGUUAACAGCGUUUAAAUUUAACUGUCUGUAAGACUGUAUAGUGUAAAUGCGAUCAAUGUGUGCCCCGAUUUAGGUAAACCGUCACUUGUUACGAAAGCUAUGUAUGCAUGCUGCGUACAACUGUCAGCUGAUAGAAUAUUUGUACACAACAUUUUUAAAUAAAUUUACUUUUAACA